UCUGUAAAAAAAGUGCAAUAAAAAUAAAUAAUAAUAAUUAUUAUUAAUUAAAAAGAAAGCAAAGCUGUAAAACAACAAAGUUCUACUAGGCCUAGCCUAAGUGUAUAAUUAUUAUCAGUCCAAGAUAUUCGCCGAGUUUGAUCUAACAGCCAGCAAAAAGAAGAUGAAAGGAGCUUUCUGUAACUGAACUGAGCUUUGGUAUCCAAGACAACAAAGGCCCUGAAAUAACGCUUCAUUGAGCACGCUGUGCUAACUAACUGUCUCCAUGGUCUAUGCGUCAAAAUCUGGAAGAGUGAAUGAUAUGACUACCCCAGGCCCAGGCAAUUCCUUUCUAAGUGAUUCAUUAGAAGCUAGCAGCAACAACUGGCAGAGGAUGCAGUCUUCAGUGGUGGAGCCUGUAGAUUAUGCAAGAGAAGAAGUCAAUCGAAGUGCAUUCAGCACAGAGGACAAGAUUUUAGGGCCUUUCCCAAAGUAUGUCAUCAAUCUACUACGAGACGCAAACGAUUGGAAAAAUCGGACGUCAGGAGUAACCAAAAUGCAAUCCAUCAUCAAUGGAUUACCAAGUGAUUAUUCGUUGGAACCUCAUCUUGAUGGUAUUCUGGAAUUGGCUACUUCUACUCUGAACGACAAUCACUUUAAAGUGACACAGCUUGGAUUGGAGCUCAUUGCUUGUAUCGUGGCUAAAUUCGGAAAUAGUAUUAGACCGUUUUUCCCAUCUCUUGUUCAGAGUAUUAUGAGCAAAGUGGGAUCAAGUAAGUUUGUCCUCAAGCAGGCCGGUCUGCAAGUUCUCAAGGAGCUAAUGGUCGCGCUAAGACCACAACCUGUCGUUAACGAAGUCAUCAAGUUUGGGCUGUAUCAUAAACUGUCUAAAGUGCGAGAAGAAUCUCUCAAUUUUAUCACAGUAUCACUUUUGACAUUUCCGAAAUCCGAAUUCGAUCUGUCUUCAAUUCUCAAAGAAGCAAUUCCUACCAUGGGUGAUAGCAAAUCAAGAGUAAGGCAAGCCUCCUUCGAAAUAGUUGCCCUGAUCUGCAGUAUUGAGCCUUCUGCUGUGAAGGGAACAGUUACCGAGAUUGUAUCGCAACGUGAUAGCCACAAGUGCAAGUACAGCACUCAGAAUGGGCUCACUCUAAUGGUGGCUUUUCAAACCAGACUGGCCCGCGGAACUAGUGGAGUGCCUAAACUGAACGAGAAUGGAAAUGUGGAAUAUUCUAUUUCGAUCUCAAACAACAAAGCCGUUGCCGUAUCCGGUGACGAUGUGCAAUGGAUCUUGGCUGGUGGUGGUGGGAAAUCCCCUUCUAGUGGAGACGUGAGUGAGGUCAAAGAUGGCACACUGUCCCAGCCGAUACAGAGGAAAGGGUCACUGAGCAAUGGAGUUGCCUCUAGUUCCAGACCGUAUAGAAGUGCGGGGAAGAGACUACCCUGGGAGAUGGAGGGAGAAGAAUUGGUCCGCAAUCACCUGACGAUGCCAGUGAAAGAAUUGGCCCCUCUUCCAAAUCCGCAAUCCCCCAAACAUCUCCCCUUCAGUCCACCCCCUGUGUCACCUUCAAAGCUACCUAUCCAGCGGAAGAAAAAUUACUCAGACAUGUACAUGGUGAAAGUUUCGUCUACACAAAAGCCACUCGCUGCCGUACAACCUCCACCAAAUACAGGAGGUCACUGGGGGAAUGGGAGCUCGUUAUCCAGUGCUAAUGAUAGGGGCCCCCCUCUGUUUACCUCUCGACAUGCAAGCGUUGGUGAUGAGCAUACUUCCAUUAUGCAACCAAAUGCAUCCAUGUCUGUUACAUGGCCUCGACCUGGAGGGGGCGGGGCACUGAUGAGAGGAACCAAUCAGAUCACAGCAGACACAUCCAAAAUUACAGGAGCUCAUAACUAUGUGAAAACCAGCGUUUCUCGUCCACUGUCUAAACCUCGCGUAAGAAAUCCACUCAACUCAAUGAAGCCACCAUCCAAUCAGAGCACAGCACACAGGGACAGCCCCACACAACUGGAGAAAGAGUUUCUCUCUUCAGGCAAUGGUGGUUCUGAGACUGGGUCCAUGCCAACAGGCUGGGCAGACACAAGCUGGGAGGAGGAGUACUUCACCACAAUCCCUGAGGAUAUAACCAUCUUGAAUAGCUCUCUCUCAUCGAGUCUAUCCUCACUGUGUGCAGGGAGGGGGGAUCUGGAGGGAGCCAGGGAAGCCAGCAGUGAGGUUGACAAGCUCAAACACAUUCGAAAGGAGGCUGCCUCUAGAAAAGCUCAGCUCUUAUCAGCAGCUACCUCUGCCUCUAACUCUCCCGAGUGCUCCAGACAGUCCAGUGGGGAAACGAGAGGUCACCCCUCUAAUCAAGAGCUGGCAAGGGGACGACCCUCUAAUCAAGGAGAAAUAUCCACCUCGUCUGCUCCUACUAAGAAGCCAAAAAGACCCAAACCACACACCCAAAAUUCCUUCCCUUCUAGUCUCAACGCUACCUUCACGACUCCAUCGCGAUGGCUACCCGUGGACAAUGCUGACCCUACUAUAAACCUCAGCAAAACGUACAACCCAGGCGGUGGGCCUGAUAAAACAUAUGCAGCCGCUUACGCUGCCAAGAAAUUGACUACCCCUCCAAAAUCGUUCAAAUCCAGCCACUCUCAGAAAGAUCGGGAGCGCUUACUAGCCGAGGGGUCAAAGGUCAUGUCUAUAGAAGAGCCAAGUAUUGUCUCUGAUACUAGCAGAGCAAAUUUUGGGAAAAGAAAAUCGCGAAAAGACAGUGAGGUCAGAACUAGUGGCCGUGGUACGGAUAUGAUUGAUAUGGAAGUUAGCGGUAAUACAAGUCAUAGACAUGCGAAACCAGUCGAGCUAGUAAUCAAGUCACAAUCUGCCGGCUACUCCUCAGCAAAGAAACCUCCUAUAGCUCCCACUACGAGUGAACCCAGCUCUGCAACACCAGAGAGAAAACGCAGUAAGCACAAGAAACCCUCUCCUCCCUUGAAACGGCAAGUUGACUUGUACGACGAGAGACAGAAAUUAGAGACCUCUCAAAAUGGCUCCCCAGAUGAUUCUUUCCAGGAGCUCCAACCUUUCAGCUCACCAGAGGCUGGGCUCAGGGAGUCACUACAGGGAAUGGAGGUAGAGGACUGGAGUGCUAAGGUCGAAGGGUUGGUGGGAAUACGGCGAUUGGCUGUGUAUCACUCGGAUGUGUUGCUGCCUCGAUUGCACACCAUUGUGUUGGCAGUGGAGAGAGAGGUAAAGAACUUGCGAUCAUCUGUGGCCCGUGCUGCACUUGUCUGUUUUGGAGAUCUGUUUGCCACCGUGGGACCUGCCAUGGAGAAGGAUCUGGACGGUAUUGUGAAGGUCCUACUACACAAGGGAACAGAGUCGAAUGCUUUUAUACUAGAGGACGUAGAGAAGGCACUGUGUGAGAUGGUAGUCAAUGUCAGUCAUCACAAGUGUCUCAUAGCCCUCGUCAAUGGGGGACUAGCCCAUCGCAACAUUCAAGUGCGCAAAACCACAGGCAAGCACAUAUGCUUGAUCCUAGAGGCACAGGGUCCAUCGAAAUUCCUCCACUCUUCAAAAGAUCUCAUCGAUCGCACUCUUCCCGCCAUUGUUCAGCUGGCCAUUGACAACGCAGUGGAGGUUCGGUAUUUUGGCAAGAGGUGUCUGCAUCAGUUGUGGCCUCUGGCUGACUUUGAGAGGAUAUCCAGUCGCGUAUUGACUGCCUCUCUGUUGACCAGGUCCAAGGAGGUGGUGGAGAACCUUAGAGCAAAGGGUCUUGGUGAUCCACCCGCUGAGAACCAAUCUGCCAAGACCAGGCACUCUACUUUGAGCACCGUGCGAGGCUCCAGUAUUAAGCCUCUACAACAUCACCACCAGGCUGACCCUGAGCCAACCCCUACUAAAGACAUAUCCUCUAAGAAGGCACGCAAAUACUUGUCGAGUAAUAGCAAUCCACCUCCAGAGCCCGUGACAAUGGAUGUGCCCCUACCUGAUGGCCUACUCGAGAAAAUGAAGUCUAGUAACUGGAGCGAGAGGUUUGAGGCAGUAGCAGAGCUGGAGAGCUUUGUCAACAACUACCCAAAAGCACUGGGUCCACAUUUAUUAAAGGUAUUUGACUUAUUCUGCCCUCGACUGACUGAUAGGAACAGUAAAGUGAACCUGCGAGCUCUGGAAGCAUUCUCAAACAUAGUACCCCUUCUCUGUGACACUCUGACCCCUGUGGCCACCAAUAUAGUCACUGCUCUUGUGCCCAACCUAGCCUCUCGCAAUGCUACCAUUCAUUCCAGCGCUAUGACCGCCUUGGACCUUCUCAUACAAUGCAUUGAUCCGGCCCAUCUCAUCCAACCUGUAGCCAAAAGUGGGCAGUUUGGAAAUGCUCGAGUGAGACCCAUUAUGAUCAGCAAACUAGCAGAUUUGACGAUGUACAUUUAUGCCCAGAAACCGCAGCUAGUGACCCGACAAGUGGUUCCUAUAUUGUGGCACUUGGUCUCAGCUAAGGCUCCUCUGACUGGAGACACUCGGACUGCUGCCAUGACUCUUUGUGCGGCCCUCAUCUCUACAAUGGGCCUAAAAACUCUCACAGACAAUGCUUCACAUCUCACACCAGAGGCUCAAAGAAAAUGGGACGAUUUGAUUUUAUCACUGAGAACAGAUGAUGCAUAGACCACACUACUUUAUGUGUCUGCUACCGAUCAAUGUUUUUAAUCCCCAUUUUGUGUAACUUAAUGAUUUGUGCACCUUUCAUUCAUGCAAUAUAAUUAUACCGUCAAAAUAAUUGGACAUGCCAU